AUGUUCUCUUCUUCUUCUUUUUUAUACUUUUCAUUUCUUGGUGUUAUAAUCUUCAAUGAAUUGCAAUCGGUUAGUGCUGAUCGUAAUUGUACAUGCUCAGAUCAUUCGACGACCGAUUUAAACCUCGAACCUGUUCCACCUCGUCCAGGUGAAGCCGGUUCACAAGUACCUCCAAAUUGGUCAUGGAGAACUGUUUUAGUCGAUGAGUUAUGUAGCAAUAAUCCUCACACACGAGAACGAGCUCAAAGGGUAUUUCAACAGAAUACACUAUAUUCGAUUUUAUCUGCUCAAGAAACUCAGGCAAGAAAUGAAUAUGAUGCAAGAAAACAAGAAUAUAAUCAUGAUAAACAAACUCCAGAGAAGAAAGAUUGA